AUGGCUCCGAUACUGUCGAAGAUGGGCUCCGGUGCAAAGGGCGAGGAGUUUAGUCAGCCUGCGGCACUCCGGCGGUCUCCUCGGAAGAGAUGCACCGAUACACAGGCUAAUGUGCUGGCCAAAGGCGAUACUGUCUCCUCCAGAGACGCAUCUUGCAACGCGUCAAGAGGCAAAUUAGUAACAACAACAGCCGUCGACGAGCUGACUCGGCCCAAGAAGUCCAUCAAUGCCUCUAUAUUACGGGAAAUUGAACUUCCCUCGACAGAGGAUGAGACCGAAUUUGAAGCUGCCAUCACCAGUGCUCAACGCGCCAGACCAUCGAAAAGCGCAGCCGAUGUCAACUCUCUGGCAAUCUCAAUUGCCCAGACAACUAUAUCACGAACCGCACCGGAAGGGGACCACUCAGACAGAGUCUUGAACAUGCCAACCUCGCGGGCAAAGCCCAAGUCCCCGACUCACUAUACAAGCCGAUAUGUACUCAAAGAAGCUAAUUGCAUUGACGAUUACUCGGACGCCGCGGAAGACGAGGACGAAGAUACGGAUCUCAGCGGAUUUAUUGUUGACGAUGGUGCGGAAAUCAGCUACCAUGAGUCUCCCAGUGAAGACUCGGAAGAUGACUAUCGACCCAGCAAACAGAAGAGCCGGCAGCCUCGCCGUCGUCUGCAACGCGGCCACCGAAAAGUGGUCGACUCUGACUCGGACAAAGAGAACGAGUCCGACGCCGGCAUAGCGGCUGCCUUGGACGGUCUGGAAAUUGGAAAUGCGGAGGCUGGGCGAUCGCGGAAGGCAACCACCGAAGUCAUUGACUUGACCACGUCUCCAGACGCGCCUGCACGCGUCACGUCCAACGCGCGCGUCCAGGCUGCAGAGGACCCUUUCGCAAACACUACUUAUGAACUUGACAAGUCUCUGAAAGGUCUAUCUCUGUUUGAUUCUAUGCUGAGACUGUCGCCUCCACGAAAACGAGAAGCAACGUCUCCCACCCGUGCCAGUACUCCCGAGCCACCAACAGACCCUGCACCCGAACACACCCCAUCACACCAGGCCCGACCUCAGACACCGACUCGCUCCCCUUCGCCACCGCAGUUGAAGUCUCCCUCCAAGCACAGCAAUUUCCAGCGCUCACCGCAUCGCCAGUCCACCGAUGCCUUCUGGGAUCACCACACAGUUAAUGACUGGCACGACAGCUACUCGCCCAAGAAAGCACCUCUCACCUCUCCAUCCAAGAACCCUCUUGCUCGCUUCGCCAUAUGGUCUGACGACGACGACGAGGGAUCGGAUAACGACUCGAGACACGACUCUUCCAGCGCAAGUGAUAGCUUGCCAAGUCCUUGCGCCUCCCCUACCAAGCCACGCUCAAGUUCCCCAAUGAAGUCUCCCGAGAAAGCUGCGCGCGCAGCCUAUCUUGCCGAGAAGCGGGCAUCUGCUGCACGCAAAACGACCUUCGAUGCGGUGAAAGAAGAACUUGGCACAAAUUUACUCGCAUAUCUCGACGACCAUGUCACCGCUGGACAAUUACAGCGUUUGUCCGCAUCCACGGGUGGCGUGCAGAUCAAAUGGUCCAAGACUUUACGCAGCACCGCCGGAAGAGCGAACUGGCGACGUAGCGUUACCAAGCCAAGCGGAAGUCCUAUCAAAGGCAGCCCAGUCAAGGGAAUGGUCGGUGACCAAAAGGUCAAAGUGGAACACUUUGCAAACAUCGAACUGGCGGAAAAGGUUAUCGAUUGUGAGGAACGUCUGGUCAACACCCUGGCGCACGAAUUCUGCCAUCUGGCCAACUUCAUGGUCAGUGGGAUCCGCGAUCAGCCUCAUGGCAUAAGCUUCAAGAACUGGGCGGCGAAAGCCACAGCCUGCCUUGCGAAGGCCGAAGUUGGAGGCGAGGAUGAGCGAGUCCGAGCGACCUGGUCAGCGUGCAAGGUGACCACGAAGCACAGCUAUGAGAUUGAGUGGAAGUACUUGUGGGCCUGCGUUGGUCGGGACCAGAACAGCGCAAUGAACUUCCUCAACGUACAGGCAACCAAAGGCUGCGGCGCAGAGUAUGGCCGGCACAGCAAGAGUAUCGAUACAGAGAGAAUGCGCUGCGGCCGGUGCAAAGGAAAACUCGUGCAGGUGCGCCCUGUUCCCCGAGUAGCGAAGAAGGACACAAGCGUUGCAAAGACCAUGACAGUGAAGAAGAGAUCUGCCGAGCGCAAAGCGAGUGAGAGUGGCAGCGACGUUUCCGGAUCCUCCAGUGGUGUCCGUGUCAACGAGAAUUUGCAGGAGAUGGAGAUCAUCGAGUUGAGCGAUUGA